GGUGCCGUUACCCGCCCGCAGGCCAGCUAUGAUACCCAGUAAUCAACCGUUUGACAACGAUAGAGACAAGCUUCGAACCGUCCUUCUUUAGGCUGUCUCUUUUGACACGUUUUUUGGUUCCUUUUUUAUUUUUUCUUGAUCCUUUAACCCUCGGCAAACGGUUGUCGAUUCUUUCGAUUUAUCACCAUCAACCCACCUGGACAUGGUGUUGAAGCGUCGACUAGUUGAUUUCCAGCGCGAACAAGAUCCCUUUGCCGUCAAGGUGUUCCUCCCGCCGACCGAUCAUUAUCGCCAACGCAACUGGAUCAUGACGUCCCCGGAGCAGCAGAUGGACACCCUGCGGGAAGGUCUUAGCCGGGUGAUUCUAGACCAGCUUGCGGAAACUCUGCGGGAUUAUUCAUCUGGAAACUUGGCGAACCCGGUGCUUCGAUUUGAGGCUUUCAUUCAGGAUGGCGAGCCGGGAACGCAGGGGCAAACACCCCGCUCUCCCGUGGUUUCGAAAAUGGUAGACUUGUCUGGCAUCAUUUCACAGAGCGCAAAUAACAGCCCGAAUACGAGCCAUGCGGGAAGAGAAAGCACCAUCGAACACCCGACACCGCCCACCAUCAGCCCGCAAUUGAUGAUGGACGACGUCGCGGCAAGCGCCAGCCGGGCUUUUGUCCGGACACAACGGACGCCAUCCCAAGGACCGCCACAAAUGUCACCAGAGACCGAUGCAAAUGCUUUUAUUCAAAGAAGAGGAACGGGAGCUCUACGACCAGUUAGGGGAGCCGCCCCAGUGGAGGAAGAGCAGCCGGACAGCCAGAGGCAUAUGCAGGUUGCCAACAACUUUCCUAAACGCGCAAAGAUUCAGACAGACGUCGUCUUCAUCCCGCAACAGUCGUCCAUUGACAAAUUCGUCGUGAGUGUUUGGGAGCAGAUCCAUGGCGGUAUCAGCUUAGAUCCCCAGAGUCUGCUUGAACAGUGGCAGCUCACGGCGACGGCGGCAACAGCAACCAUUAACAAUGCUGGCAAGAUUCACGUUCCCGAGCAGCUCGAGCUCGGCUUGCUCCAAGCGCCUUCGGCAGACGGCACGCUGACUGAGAUCGACAUGGAGGGAACCUUCAACCGCAGCAACAUCUUUUGCCGAAAGGUUACGCAAGCCAGCCGCGCGUGCCGCUCGAUCGAGGUCAUUGUCCAAGCGCGGUGGAUCGAGCACUUCGACUCGUAUGUCGAGCUGCUUGCCAUCACGAACCCGGGCAUGUCCCCUACCAAACGCCGUAAGGCGGCGCUCAUUGAGGCGUGUAACGACUUUGGAUGGUCUGAGAAGGAGUUGCGGAAUAAGAUGGCCAUCUGGCGCGGCUACAAGGAAAUCAAGGACGCGGGAGGUUGGGCCGCGCUCGUCUUCGCCGGCAUGGGACUUUACCGCUUCUGCAAGUACCGAGUUGGAUUUAAUCCGGAUAGCAUGCAACGACUCCGGUGCCUACGGCCCCGAAUCGAGGUCGCCGCCGACACGCUUCACCCUACGUGGCGCCAACUACUCAUGAUCGUCGGCGAGGGCGCACAACGUCGGUUCUGCGGCCACCCGCAUGACUGGGUUGUCCGCCAGGACGGUUCGGACCCGGUCCCUCUCCGGUCGACAUAUCUCGAAUACGACCCCUACUUCAGCUUCGAACAGCUCGAACACUCCGUCAUGGACAUGAGCGCGUGGGGCACCGAUGAUCCGCGAUGGGUGCCGCCGAUGAACGCCGUGGCUUGCGUCCAGGGCAUGCACACGUGCCACUCGUGCGGCCAGGAGCAGUCCGAAGACCCCAAGAUCAACUCGUGCUACUGCUUCCCGACGCUAUUCGGGUCCGGGCGCCGGAGCCCCUGCCCGGUGCAGGUGUUCCGGACCUCUGACGGACGCAACAACGGCCUGAUGGCUCUUUGUCCGUUCGAACGCGGCGCGGCGAUAGGAGAGUUUGUCGGCCUCAUCACAAAAGAUUUGCAAAACAUGGACGUUAUGGACAGCUCGACGGGUGUCCGGGCCUAUCAGAUCUGGCAGGGGCGGCAGGGCAACUUCACGAGGUUCGUCAACCACAGCUGCAAGUCCAACGCGCAAUUCCAGCAGUUUGUGUGGAUGAGCACGCAGCGCAUCAUCCUGGUGAGCAAGGGCAUCGAGGCGGGUCACGAGGUCACGGUGGACUAUUCUGGGAGCUACUGGCGCGGUUUGGACAAAGAAUGUCUCUGCGGAGAGUCAUGCUGUCGGUAUAGGAACGCAGCUCGAUAGGAGGAAGACAAAUGCGAUGGAGUGGACUCCGUACUCUGUAUCCGUAGAGGAGAAUUAUUACUACGAAGAUUAGGGCGAAGCGGGAAACGGGGUCGAGUUGAGCCACACCACUACACACGGACGAAGCUGCGGCUGAGGCUGCGGCGAAGAGGGGGGGGGGUGAACAAGACCCAAUUCUCAUGUUCCAGUGGAAGAAAAAGAAAAGAUUAAUCGCAACUACCGAUCAUUGUUCUUUUUUUUUUUUUAUUGCGAUUUUAGGAUUAGUCUUCGGCGUAGAGACACAGGCGUGGACGGGCAGGCGAACAGAUGCUUCAGGUUAUUGAUCGCAAGCCUUUCCUUGU